UCGCUGGAAAUUAGAUAUGCCAUCCAUAAGCACACCCACCAACAGAGGGGACGACAACCAAAUGCUGGAUGAACAAUAGGUUUGACUUUUUUGGUUUUGACUGGCUCAACGUUAAGCCAUGGAGCAGGCAGUCGCCAUCCCACACGACUAUCCAGAGCCGGUCGCGACAGACAGUUACAUCAUACCGACACUUGGACUUUACCAUGGCACGUUUGUCUUUUCCUAUCUGUCCACGUUUCUGUCCUACAUCACACCGUACGAUCUGCCAGUAGUCUAUUGCAUUCUAGAGCUUCUGCGAGAUGCGUUCCACACGAAGGUGUCCUUCCUGCAGUUAAUACUCGAGGCACUCAAGGUUGAGUCGGGAUAUAUCUGUCUGAUAGCGAUUUUCUUCCUGAUAUCGCUUAUACCACUCUGCUACACUAUUGCCUGGGGAUGUGCGAAGGAAGCGGACGAUGAUCUCAAUCCGGGACCCACCGUCGACGCUAUCAUACAGGCGGAGGAGCUAUCACUUGAAGAGUCUUUGCACUGCCGGAAAAGCUUUCUGGGACUGAUGCUACAGGUCGUCAUACUGCUGUUGAUCGCUGGUGUAAUAGCAAUGUUCGUGACGAACGAACAAAUUGCAUCGGCCGUUGAUCACACGCCUACCGUUGUACGGUCAUCGCUGCUGGAUGCAGCAACGUUCCUGCGCGACGCAGAAUCACAAAUGCGUUUCGUGAUAGCUGAAGGACUCGCCACCGCUACCGAGCGCAUUCGGAACGAUCUGGAAAGUGUAGACAAAUUGCUCGGCGAGCCGAUUCAACACCAUUUGGCGCUGUUUACCGGUAUCGACAUCAUCUUCGAGUCCAUCAUCGAGAUCAGCACCAGCAGUAGCAAUCUGUCUCGCCGCAUCCAUCUGCUUCAGGACGCAUUAGCAAGGGCAGCUAAGAUCUCAUACGAAGCAGAGUAUCGGUUGGACGAGCUGCAGAUACAGCUGUCCGUGCUGCAACGUCAGUGCACGUUCCGCGAUCGGCCGCUUUGCGAUACGCUACGGAUUCGGAACUUUGAAGACACAGGCCUAAUCGAGCGUAUUCGAAAGCUGCAGGUCGAUCGAACGCUGGCCAAGCUCAUGGCGAUGGGUGAGGCCAGUCGUAACAGUAGCAUGCACGCUUUAACGCAGGAACUAACACUAGCCCGGUCCACGUUUCGUAGCUAUGCCGUAGACGUUAGAAACGUGACCGACAAUCAAGCGGACCAAGUGCAGGAGCGGCUCGAAGAAUUGUCCACCGACACCCAUGCCAUUAUCAGCACCCUUACGCAAACGAUCGGGCAGCUGGUCGAGCAGGUAAACCGGACGGCCAACUUUUCCGAUUCGUUCUUUGAUCGGUACCGUGAAAUUGGCGCCAUAUUGUGGCUGGCUGGGCUUGCUACCACGAUCAUGACACUGCUAGUUACGCUUAUUCUGCUGAGCGCACUCAGCUGCGGUUGCUGCCAUGCGGACAAUAAGGCUGGUAUCACACUAAUACUCGGUGCUAUCUGCAUUUGUAUUGCAAGCCUAGCGCUGUCAGGUUUUACCAUGAUGGAGAUGCUGCUCGGAGCACAUGGUCAACUAUUCAUCUGUCACCCGCUGUACAACGAACCGGACUACACGGUGCUUCAGAAGCUCGUAGACAAACCGGGAUUAAUUUACCCGACCGAGCCGCAGUACGGCAUAAUUGGUGAAUUGUUGCGAAAGGCGGCCCCACCCGGUGCUCAAUGGUCACAGCCGGUGCAAAUUUCUCUGUCCACGGCACUGAACGAAUGCGAGCAGGGUCAUGGAUCUUAUGCCACCUUUCAGCUGGACACAUUACUGAAUCUCACCGCCAAACUAGAACACCGUCAACGGCCCGAACUUGAGCGAGCAAUCGAAAGCGUUGGGGCCAGCGAGGAACCAUUCAUUGGAUUCACCGUACGCAUACAGGGCAUCCUGGAGGAUAUGCUGUACGAUUCGGACCUCAAUCUAACCGGUACGCGCAUGGAACUGACGCAACUCUCACCAGACAAGGACGUACUCACCUUCAUCGAUCAGCUGCAGCGUGUAUCAGCACAGAUCCAAGACGUUGCCACAGCGAGCCGCAUGACAACGCUCGGUUCACGGGCCAAACGUUUACAGCUCUCCCUGCUGGCACCGCUCGAACAGUUGCGCGGUGAUAUCGUGUACCAUCUAACCGCGCUCGAACUGCAGCUCUCCCCGUGGGCAGCACAGGUCAACAAAAGCUUGACGCAUCUGCGCAAUGCUCAGACGUUCCUCGACACGGAAGCGGCCGAAGUGUGCUACAACCGUAGUGACGUUUACCGUGCCCGGUUACGGGCACAUCUGGACGCUUACCGGAACUACACGGCCACCGUGCUGAACGAUCGGUGUGCAAGCUGCCGGCCACUGUUCGACAUCUUCGAUGCGAUGCGCAUGCUAUUCUGCCACCACAUUAUGGAUCCGAUGAAUGGACUCUGGUUUUCGGCCUUCUUGUGUCUGUUCCUGUGGGCUGUGGCCACUCCACUAUCGUUGAUGCUUUCGUCCACGUACCGGCGGCUUGAGAUACUCUCAAGCAAGCUGCAGCAUUCGAACAGUCAUCGUUACAACGCUCGAGCAUCCGUCCGGGAAGAUCAACGAGAGUCUAGUCACUGGUCAACGCAACGAUCCGUCUCGGUGCACGUUAAUGCGGUGGCCGAGUCAAGCACCGACGAGGAGCUCCCGCACUACACGUCGCCCGGAAGCGAGGAAGAUGCUGGCACCGACGAAGGUGCGGUCGUUAUCGAGUACAUAGAGUUGCGGUACGAAAAUGGUGACCCGAUGAACUUUCGAGAGAGUUUGAUCUAGC